AUUUUUCGAUACGUCGCUGCAUCACUACUUAAAAUGGCUGCAUGCGUCUGCCGGAUCGGCUUUUAGCGUCGUUGACUCUUUUCUAUAGUUACGCAGCGCUUGUUUGUGAUUAUUUUCAAAUACCUUACAAGAUUAAAAUGGCUGCAGUACAAGGACAGCCAGGUAAUAAACCAUGGCCGGCCAGGCCUGGUAUCCAACAUCAGAAUAGUCAAAAUAACCCAAGUCUAACACUCAACCGAACAAUAAAUCUAUAUCCUCUGACGAAUUACACAUUUGGCACUAAGGAGUCAUUAUUUGAGAAGGACGCGUCGGUGCCAGCUAGAUUCCAAAGGAUGAGAGAUGAAUUCGCAAAAAUUGGAAUGAGAAGAUCUGUCGAAGGUGUGCUGUUAGUACAUGAACAUGGUCUCCCACAUGUGCUGCUGUUACAGCUUGGAACAGCAUUCUUCAAGCUGCCCGGCGGAGAACUUAAUCCUGGAGAGGAUGAAAUUGAUGGCUUAAAGAGGCUACUUACAGAGACUUUGGGAAGACAGGACGGGAUUAAACAAGACUGGCUCAUCGAAGACACUAUAGGUAAUUGGUGGCGUCCGAACUUCGAACCGCCACAAUAUCCAUACAUUCCACCGCACAUCACGAAACCGAAAGAGCAUAAGCGCCUGUUUCUAGUGCAACUGCAAGACAGAGCUCUAUUUGCUGUCCCUAAGAACUAUAAGUUGGUAGCAGCGCCGCUGUUUGAGUUAUACGAUAACGCUCAAGAUCUACACUCUCAGGAUGAGAUACUGUCUACGUUUUCACGUUUACAAGACGAAGUGUGCGUGAAAUUUUUUAAUACACCAACUAAUUAUACUCCUACUGAACGCGAGAAGUUGCUUUACAUAAGUAACCCGGAAAAGGUGAAAGAUUGUCCACCUAGUCAUUAUGACUACACAGGGAAUGUCAUUGACAUGACAAUUGGAUACAGAUGCUUGAACGCUAAAGAUAUAUCACGGAUGCUCGCAGACAUGCUCAGAGCUAGUAUUGUACAAACAGUACCAAUAAUAAAUAGUUACGAUUUAGUGAAAAAAUUUAAAGAUCGUGAGACUUUGACGACCAAGUCAGGCUUAUUGUCUGCUGAAGACAGGAACUAUAUAAAUGCCCAUUAUCAUUCUGAGUGUGGAUCAUUGACGCAGAAAGUUGUGUCGAGGCGUAUGGGCGAUGAAGUCGCUGACGCUCCUAAACUGUCUGCGGAUAAUUUGCAAUAUUAUGAAGAUAAAUUGUGGCCGUUAGGCAUCGUAAUGUAUGCUACGCACCCUGAUAUUGCGAAGCUACAAUCUACUCUAGAUAUAUCCCCUGUAGCCGAGAGACUCGCGCGCCGGUUCCAAGAUGUCGCCUUCUCUAAGGUCACGGUUUCGAUGUCGAAAGUUUACUUGUUUCAGAUACUCCAUAAGGCUGAGAAUCUGAGCAAUUUUUGUGAUGUCUAG